ACAAAACUCAUAAUUGCAAUUAUAUCAAUCAUUCUAAGUAAUAUACAAUCAAAGAUCAUUACAUUCCUCCAUAAGAGGGCAAAUAUGGGAACACACUCAAAAAAUAUGUCCAAAACUAUUCUUAGCAACCUAAUCCUUCUUGCCAUAUUCAUCAUUGUACUAACAUAUUCAUCAACUAACCCAAAAUUUUCCCUAUAUCUUGCAAUAUGUCUACCCAUCAUAUUUUACUUGGUCCAUUCCCUAUUCUCUUCCCAUGCACAGAAUUACGGAAAUACCCCUCCCGGCCCGUUUGCUCUCCCUAUCUUUGGCAAUUGGCUCCAAGUAGGAAAUGAUCUCAACCACCGCCGAUCGGCAGCCCUCUCUAAAACCUAUGGCCCCGUAUUCCUCCUUAAGCUCGGUGUUCGAAACCUAGUCGUGGUCUCAAACCCUCAGCUAGCAUGUGAGGUCCUUCAUGCACAAGGGGUGGAGUUUGGGUCCCGACCUAGGAAUGUUGUCUUUGAUAUCUUCACCGGAGGCGGUCAAGACAUGGUUUUUACUGUCUAUGGCGAUCAUUGGAGGAAGAUGCGGCGUAUAAUGACGUUGCCAUUCUUCACCAACAAGGUGGUAAAUACUUAUAGCAAUAUGUGGGAGGAUGAAAUGGACAAGGCUGUUAGAGAUUUGAAGCAGAAUGAUAACAUCAUAGGCAUCAAAGCGAAAAGCGAAGGGUUUGUUAUUAGGAAGAGGCUGCAACUUAUGUUGUAUAAUAUUAUGUAUAGGAUGAUGUUUGAUGAAGGUUUUGAGUCUAUGGAAGAUCCCAAGUUUAUGGAGGCAACCAAGUUUAACUCCGAAAGGAGUAGAUUAGCUCAGAGUUUUGAGUAUAAUUAUGGUGAUUUUAUACCUUUGCUUAGACCAUUUUUGAGGAGGUAUUUGAGCAAGUGCAGAGACUUGCAGCAGAGAAGGCUGGCUUUCUUCAACAACUACUAUGUUGAGAAACGAAGGAAAAUAAUGGCAAAAAAUGGAGAAAAUCACAAGAUAAGUUGUGCCAUUGACUACAUUAUUGAUGCCGAAAGCAAAGGAGAAAUCAGUAAGGAUAAUGUUCUCUACAUCGUUGAGAACAUUAAUGUAGCAGCCAUUGAAACGACCUUAUGGUCCAUGGAGUGGGCAAUAGCUGAGCUAGUUAAUCAUCCAAAAAUCCAACAGAAAAUCCGGCAAGAAAUCGCCACUGUACUCAACGGAAAGCCAGUAACAGAAGCAAACCUUGAACAAUUACCCUACUUACAAGCAACAGUAAAGGAAACCCUAAGGUUACACACCCCUAUACCUUUGUUAGUACCCCAUAUGAACCUUGAAGAAGCUAAGCUUGGUGGGUAUACUAUACCUAGAGAGUCAAAGGUGGUGGUAAACGCAUGGUGGUUGGCUAAUAAUCCCGAGUGGUGGAAAAACCCUGAAGAGUUCCGGCCUGAGAGGUUCCUUGAGGAAGAAGGAUCAACGGAUGCAACAGUGGGUGGUGGGAAGGUGGAUUAUAGGUUCUUGCCAUUUGGUGUAGGGAGGAGGAGUUGCCCUGGAAUUAUAUUGGCGAUGCCAAUUUUAGGGCUUAUAAUUUCAAAAUUGGUGACUAAUUUUGAAAUGAAACCUCCACCAGGGGAAGAAAAGAUUGAUGUGAGUGAGAAAGGAGGACAGUUUAGUUUGCAUAUUGAAAAGCAUUCAACUGUCCUCUUCUCUCCUAUAUAAUAGUGAUGAUUUAUGCGCCAAUAUUGGCAUAUUGCCAUUUUGAGGACUUAAAUUGUUAUUUAGAGUUUGUUUCUAAUUUAAGAUUAUUCAAGAUUUCAAGCUAGCCGUACUUUACUUUAUUUGAUAAAUGUUUAUUUGUUCUCAAGACAACUUGUAAAUUUCUAGUUUUCUCUGUAACAGUUCCACAUAAGAGGAGAAAUGUUGUAUCUUUUGCAUUACA